CCCCUCGGACUCGCCAUCUGUCACCCAGUGUCUACAUACAUACAGGCCAUCCACAUUUCUAAACAGUAAACGCUUUCAUCUUUACAAUCUCUUUUCACAAUUUUUUAAUUAGGGUUUCACAAUGAAAAGCUCCACAAUAUUCAAUCUCCACCAUCCACUAUUUUGACGGCCGAACUUGUAUGGUUUUCAACUUGUGAAGCAUCAAGUGGGGGUUCUAAUAUCAUCAUCAAACUGUUUAAAUAUAUUAUGAAGCGAAGAGAUCCGCCGAAGGUCCCCUGUAAAAUGGAAAUGGAUAUAGACUAUAUCAGCAAUCUACCAGAGCAUAUUACAGACAAAAUUUUGUCGUGUUUAUCGCUGAGGGAUGCCGUGAGGACAAGUAUACUUUCAAGAAAAUGGAGAUACAAGUGGAUUAGUCUUCCACAACUUGUAUUUGAUAACCAGUCUCUCUUGAUUUCUUCUCAAGAUCAAACACUCAUUAGAAAUAAACUUAUUAACAUUGUUGAUCAUGUCCUAUUACUCCACUCUGGUCCCAUACAAAAGUUCAAGCUUUCUCACCGAGAUCUUCAAGGUGUAAAUGACAUCGAUAGAUGGAUUCUUUUUCUGUCAAGAGGAUCAUUGAAGGAAUUCAUUUUAGAAAUAUGGAAGGGUCAUCGGUACAAGCUACCAGCUUCUUUAUACUCCUGCCAGAAGUUGAUUCAUCUGGAAAUUUUCAACUGCAUGAUAAGACCUCCUACACCAUUUAAUGGGUUUAAGAACUUGAAGAGCCUUGAUCUUCAACACAUUACUAUGGAACAAGAUGUAUUUGAUAAUCUGAUAUCUAGUUGUACACUACUUGAGCGGCUUACUUUGAUGAAUUUUGAUGGGUUUUCACAACUUAACAUACAUGCUCCUUAUCUCCUGUUCUUCGAUAUUGGAGGUGUUUUUGAAGACGUCAAUUUUAAUGCAACUAAUAAUCUUGCUAUUGUUUCCAUUGGCUUGUAUGCAACUGCUGGAUAUGACCAAAAUCCGGCUCUUGGCAGUACUGGAAAUAUGAUCAAGUUUUUUGCUCCUCUGCCUCGUAUUCAAAGGCUUGAGGUGCAGAGUUUCUUUUUAAAGUAUUUGGCUGCUGGUAAAGUUCCAGAAAGACUUCCAACUCCUUGCAUUGAGCUUAAUUACCUAUCAUUCCGCAUCAAUUUCUGCGACCGUGCAGAGAGUCUGGGAGCUCUUUGUAUACUUCGAAGCUCACCUAACCUGCAAGAACUUGAGAUUUUAGUGCGCCCAGAUGACCAGGCUGUAGAUGGAAGAGAUGCACGCAUUUCAGAAGAGUACUUCCAUAAUUGCCCAUUCAAUCAACUGCAACUUGUGAAAUUGGUUGGCAUAUCUUAUGCUAAGCAGGAACUAAAUUUUGUCAACUUUCUGCUCGCAAAUUCACCUGUGUUGGAGAAGAUGACCAUCAAACCUGCUGCAGCUAUUGGUGGAUGCGAGUUGCUAAAAGAAUUGCUGCGUUUCAGAAGAGCUUCAGUGCGAGCCGAAAUCAUAUACCUUGACCCAUAAGAUUGUUCAGUAACUUGGUAUUUGUAAUGGAAAUGAAAAUACAUCUGGUGUCAGUACAUUGCUUGUGUCUUUCAUCAUCUUUUGGGUGCUAUGAAGACAUAGCAACAGUUCUUUUGUUAACUGAACAACUGUCCUGGAACUUGUGAUGUUUGAUUUGCAAGUCAGCAUUCAGCUAAUCAAUUUUGAAUUCUCGUGGGUA